AUGACUGUCCUCCCCGACUCCGAAAACGGCUACCUCCUCAACUACGAGGAUCAGGAGCAGAGACGCAUGAACAUGCAACAUGACCUGAUCAAAACCUACAUGGGCAAACUGAUCCUGGCUCCUCUGCCUUUCGACAAACCCAAUCUGCGAGUCCUCGACAGCGGGACCUUCAACGGCCUCUGGCUAAAAGACGCCUCGACCCUCCUCAAAUCCCCCACCCUAAUCGGCGCCGACGUCUCCCCAACCGCCUUUCCAGCCAACCGCCCCCCGAACACCGAGUUCCACAUCCAAUCCAUCUCGGAACCCUGGCCAACCGAAUGGCACAACUCGUUCGACCUCGUCCACCAGAAACUGGUGAUUGCAUGCCUCCCCCCAGACGAAGGCCGGCAGGCUCUGUACAGACUCGUCGACCUCGCCAAGCCAGGAACCGGCUGGGUGCAAUUCACAGAAGGCAGCCUGGAGCACUUGACCCCCGAGCAGCGCAAGCAGUACCCUGUUCUCGCCCGCUUCCAGUCUCUGGUUGCUGAGAUGUUGCCUCAUUUCCGAUGGAAUCCGCGGCCGGGGAAGCUGGUGCGCCAGUGGUUGGAGGAGUAUGGACUGGAAGAAGUGCAGGAGAAGGUCAUGGAGAUUCCGAUCGGGGCGGGGAAUUCUGACCCCAAGCUGGGGGAGAUGGCGAAGCAGAAUAUGCUCGAGGUGGUGUCGAAUUUCAGGACGGCUGCGACGCGUCUUCCCGAUGGCACGGGCAUUCGUGCUGAGGACUUUGAUCCGAUUCUCAGGGAUAUCAAGGUUGAGUUUGAGACGGUUGGGGGAAUUCUUCGGUUUAACACGGUUUGGGGUCGUCGGCCAUAG